CAUGAAUUUAGGGAAAAUCCCAAAAGAUGCAGCAAAUGCAGAAUUUUUAUUGGUCAAAUUUUGGAGGGCGCCGCCCCCAAAUCAAACUUAGCUCGCUCACACGCAAUCCUGGUGACGUCAUGGUGACGGGUCGCGUGUGCAAAACUUUGAAUUUCCCCAUUGACUUUAUACACAUACAAACUCUGCAGUUCAUGUGGAAUACAAGGACAAAGUACGAUAUUUUCCCAUUCAAAGAACAAGUAGAGGUAAUUUGGAGUAUCAUCAAUACGACCUUUUGCUCUUUCAAGGUCAACACCAAGGUCCGCACGCAGCAGUUCUGCAGGAAUGAAUACAACCUAACGGGAUUGUGCAAUCGAUCCUCCUGCCCACUGGCCAAUAGCCAGUAUGCCACCGUCAGAGAAGAGAAUGGUGUGUGCUACCUGUACAUGAAGACGAUAGAGAGGGCAGCGUUUCCCGACAGGCUAUGGGAGAAGGUCCGUCUGUCGAAGAACUACGAGAAAGCCCUGGUCCAGAUUAACAGGCAUCUUAAGUUCUGGCCAGGCUUCAUCAAGCACAAGUGCAAGCAACGCUUCACCAAGAUCACCCAGUACCUGAUCCGCAUGCGCAAGCUGGUGCUUCGAAGACAAAAAAAAAUAGUGCCCCUUGCUCGGAAAGUUGAGAGAAGAGAAUCUCGUAGAGAGGAAAAGGCCUUGAUUGCUGCCCAACUGGACAAUGCUAUCGAGAAAGAACUACUUGAUCGCUUAAAAUCUGGAACGUAUGGCGACAUUUACAACUUCCCGACCCAUGCCUUUGAUCGCGCCCUUGAAGGAGAGGAAGAGGAUGAAGAAGAAACAGAAGCAGCCGCUGAGAGAGAAGCCGAUGCCGCUGAAGAGGAGGAGGAGUUAGAAGAAGAAGUUGAAUACGUUGCAGAUGAGGACUUUGAUGAGAGUGAUCUCAGUGAUUUUGAGGACAUGGAUAAACUAAGGCCUCGGGGAUUCACCACCGGCUCAUCAUCCUCAGACGAUGACGAGGAUGAAAGCGAGGAUGAAGAAGAGAAGGAAAAGGCCUCGUCGUCAAAGAAACUCGUGAAACCAAGGAGGAAACGUGCCAAGGUGGAAAUAGAGUACGAGCAGGAAUUAGAUCAACCAUCGUCGUCGAAGAAGAAGAUUAAAAGUCGAUGAUGAAGACCGAGAUUUGAUUGAUGUGUACAUAAGGACUUACAGGACUCCUGUUGUAAAGGACUAUAUUACAUCAACAUGAAGUCAUUUCAAAAUGAAUAUAAAUGAUUAUAGUCAAGUCUGUUGAUCUUCACUCAAUUUGAGGCUGUGCGCAUCUGUUGUGCAAAGUCAAUAAACCAAUAUGUAUAUCUGUCGAUGUAUAACUUAUAUCAACAAGAGCAAGCAAGAUAGUUGUAUAAUUAAUGAAUGAAGACAUAUUUUUUUAUCCUGUGUAUGUCUCACCUGCAUAGUAGAAGCAAGACAUUUGCUUUCACAUUUAUUCCCAAACUGUCAUGAUUGUAUAUAAGGAGUAUCAAGUAUCAGCCACAAUGCAAGUAAAAUUUCAGGUAAUUGAUAACAGGUCAAAGUUCAUCUCAGGUCGAAGACUUAGAUAAUAAUUGAUAUUUUGUCAUACUUUUGUAAGUGAUUCAUCAAAUCCAUUAGUUUCCUCAUUCCCCAAAGCAGGGUAUCCACAACAUGGCCUUGGAUUAUUAGAUCGUGUACUGUGUAUUUAAAGGAUAAAUGAAAAAGAGAAAAAAGUCUACUGUCCUACUUUGAAUUGCAUAAUGCAAGUGAGAAGUAUUCCUCUACUUCCCCCAUUGAUUCACUCAAUUCAUGGAAGCCGCUACUUACUUUGUGCAACGUACCUCACAGAGAAUAAGAAUGCACAUCUCUCUUUAUUAGUGCACUAUGUUUCAUAGAAGUAAGUGUCCCUAAGGUUCGCAUCCUACUAACUGGUUUGCGGAAACAUAAUCUUAUGGAAGCCGCUACUUACUUUGUGCAACGUACCUCACAGAGAAUAAGAAUGCACAUCUCUCUUUAUUAGUGCACUAUGUUUCAUAGAAGUAAGUGUCCCUAAGGUUCGCAUCCUACUAACUGGUUUGCGGAAACAUAAUCUUAUGUUUGAUUCAAUUGGAGCCCUUUUAAUGACGAGCAUGUAUGGAUGUGUCAAGUACUAGUAGUCUACUUUCAAGUCACAUUUUUGUCUACAGAGGGUGUAAUAAUCCUGCAAUUUAUAUUGAUUAAAGAAGGGAUUUGAAGAUCAUAAUUUGAAUAUAGUGUGACACUCAAUGUUAUGGGGGGAGGGGAUCAUGAUACACUAUUGCUUGGUACACUUUAAGAGAUGCAAUGAUUCUUUCGUUCAUUACACAAUUUCAGUGUCAUGUUAACCCCGGUGCACACCACACGAUCCAUUGCAAUCUGUAUAUUUCAUGAAUAUUGUUAUAACAUUUCAUUCUAGAAAACUUAUUGAUUUAUUAGGUUGGAAUGAUAUGUCCGAAUAGUGGUAUGAAUACUGAAAUCCAAAUUCCAAUCUAUUUCAAGCCUCCCUGUAGGAAUAAAAGCAAAUUUAAUUCCAAAUCGUUCUGAAGUCAUCGACUGCAACUGGAAGCCUGUUUUGGGAUUUUACUCCGACCUCAGUGCUAGCAGCAAAGCAGAAUUCUGAUAGUAGUAUUCCUAGCAUUAUUUUGAAUGUCAGAUAUUGUUUUAGGUUUUCUUAGAACUUAAAUAUCAAUGUAUUGUAUUUGAUACAAAAUGCGAUCGGUUAAAAAAAAAUGCAUUGUAGUUGGAUCAUGUAGUGUGCGCUGGGUUUUACAGGCAAUUUCUCUGCCAAAAUUUUGCCAUUAUACUCGAUCUCCACAACCGUAGAUGCUAUUUUACUGACUCCUGGCAUUUGCUUUAAUCAACAUAAAGAUAUUUCCUAAUAAAUAAUUUCUAAAGAUGUGAUUUCUCUGAAAAA